AUGGGCUCCUCGGCAUCCAAAGCCUCAAAUGCUGCUUCCAAGCUCCCAGCAGCAGCUACAAAAACGGCGCGCAAAUACCCAACCAGAACGCCUCCCACCACGUCCACAAACACCACCACGAAUGCGCGGCCUCAUAGACCGACUCGCGAGGCCAGCAUAGGACCAACAGUGCACCCCGAGACACACAUGAGUGAGAUGAGAGACCAGGCCAUCAACCUCGACGCCUCCGACCCAGACCUCGCCCUGGAUGCACGCCUCCGCACUCUCGGCCCCGUGCAGCCCAAUCCCACCCAGUCCAAGUCCUCGACCUUCUCCUUCCCGCCCCAAAACUCAGGCUGUCGGUCCAACGCACCCCGAUCGCCCUCCUCCGACCCGUCCCCCGCAUCGUCUGGGUUCCAGCCCUCAGCUUCCACCCCCCAGCAAUCGAUAUUCCCGACGGCCGAUGGUGGAUCGGCGCCACGGCCCAACGCUGCGGUGCGUCUGUUGACGGCGAGGUCUCGGCUGGCGGAGGAGGCGGAGAUGGAGUUUGCGAGGACCGGGAAGAGUAGUGCGGUGGGGAGAAGGUUUGUAGAUGUCCACACGCUCAAGCAGAUCUUGCUUCUGAGGGAUGUGAAAGGGCUUGAGGGCGGGGAGAUUGAGCGGAAGUUGGGCUUGGGAGAGGGUAGUGUGAGGAAACUGGGAGCGAAGGGGGUGGUGGGUGUUGGUAGCUGA